AUGCCGCUCAUCCUCGUCGACCUGCGCGAGGGCUUGCUGAUCCCAGCGCACCUGGCGUCGGCAACUCCGAGGACGUCCGGACCGCGACGGCACUCGCACUUUACCAUCCCGCCGUCAUAUCACCGCGCCGGCCCCGGCAACAUCACCACCACCACCGCUGCCUCAGCGCCAGACGGCCGCCGCCGACUGAGUCUCAACCUCCCCCUGCCGCCGCCGCCCAACUUCUCGCCCGAGGACCAGGCCUACCUCCAGGCCCGGCUGCCCCUCCGGCAGCCCGCCUCGGCCGCCACCGCCGCCGACCACUUCCGCCGUUUGCCAUCGCUCUACCAGGACCUGGCCGAGGGGUGCCGCGCCCGCCUCGCACGCCUGCCCGCGGGGGGCCGCGAGUGGGCGCGCCGCCGCCGCAUGGCCGACCUGGCGCAGCGCCUGGCCGAGCGGUACCGCGGCUUCGCCCUCGUGCUGCCGCGGUCGUACGUCGACGAGGCGAUUGCGCGUUGGAGGGGGGAGCAGCCGCGCGCGAGCCGCUUCUGGGAAAAGGUCCUGGACGAGGUGGAGAAAGCUAACAGCGCGUGGUCCAUCGUCCGUCUCUGGAUCGUCCUCUUCGUCGCGCAGUCGACGCUCGUCGCCUACGCCUUUCGCUACCUCCCGAGUGCCAUCAGCAGGAGCGGCGGUGGUAGCGAGAACGGACUGCUGGGGGGCUUUGGCGGUGGAGGAGGAGGAGCAGCCAUGAUGGCCCAGGUCGCCCUCCUCGCGGCCAACGCCCUCGCCUACGUGUGGUCCACGACCGUCAUGGUCGAGAUGCUGCACGCGCGGUACACGCACGUCAAGGCGGAGGAGCAGGAGCUUCACGACCUCCUCGGGGGGUUGCGCGGGUGA